AUGUUUUCAACAAAAUUUCGUUUUGCGUCUUCUCAUGACAAUUAUGAUACGUUGAAUGCACAAGAAGUAGAUGAAUCAAUUUUGAAUCAUCUAUUUCUUCCUCAUGGAUUAUCGUCUUCAGCAAAAGGCGAUUAUUUAAUUCAAUCCGGCCAUGAAAAUGAAUAUAAACUACUUCAGUUUGUGCAUGAUUAUUUGAAAUCUUUAGAUGAAAAGAAUGAAUUACCAAUCUUUUCAACCCUUAAGAUCUGUAUGGAGCGUUGGUCGUCCGUACAAAAUGCGAAGACCUGUUCUGUUUCAGUUUUACAAUCCACCAUACAAGAACUGUCAACAGGAGAUUUCCUCCCGCUUUAUUUCUAUGCUCAAAAUGCUGCAGUUUUAAUUGAAAUCGAUGAAAAUUCUCUUAAUCAACCAUUGAUUUCAUCUUGGCAAGUCCUCUUACCAACGGAAACGAUUACAUCAUCACUUGAACCGCAUCUUUCUUGUUUUCCUGUUCCAACAUUUCGUUUGCCUGAUCGAUGUGAGCUAUUAUCCACUACUCACUGUGAAUUGCUUAUGGAGUUUAUGAAAAAUACUAUUGAAUAUUCAAAGUCUCAAAAAGCAUCUUAUACAUUCGAUGAAACUCGAGAAGUACCUAUAUCACAUUUUGUAUGUCAAUGGUGGACCACACAUUUUCAAGGUGUUCAAAUCGACAAUCAAACAAACGCAUCCAUUUCAUUUAAGAAAAAGCAUCGUGAUCAAAUUCGAUAUAAGAAUUCAGCAUAUCCUUUUCGACGAUCAGGUUUAUGGAUGACUAUGAAAGUUGUUUUUCAAACUAUUCUAACAAAACGUUUGGGAAAAUUAGGUACUAUCGUUUAUAAGUUAAUUAUGGCUGAUUUUUUAACUUAUUUUAUUCUUACAAGACAAAAACGAAUAAACUUUUCGAUAUCAACCGAUCUUCUUAUACAUUGUUUACGAAAGAUCGUACGACGAUUGAACAAAAUCGAUGUACUGUUAUUAUCGAUUGACUCAAGCAAUAUAAACCUAUGGGUACAAAAUACAGUAGAAAGAAUCAAACAAAAUAUCGAUAACGUGACGCCGAAUUCUGAUUGGCAAACAGUUAUCGAGAAAGGUGAAAAAGAGGAUAAGUUAAGACUUCAACUGAACCCCGAUCAACCAGAAAUUUAUCAUCAUCCGUGUCAGAAAUUGAAAGCUUAUCUUGAAACAAAUCGUUUAAAUACUUCGAGCGGACACUCCUAUGAUAGAUAUGAUUAUAAUGAUCGAUUAUCAAGCAAUAUUGCUCAUGAACACGAUGCGUUACCUCAAAUUUCUGCCUUAAUCAGUUCUGAGAAUGAUGCUAUAAACAUAGCAUUAGCGCGUGUUGAAAUUUGGAUACAAUCCAAUUUGGAAAACUGGAUCAAUCGUUCGUUACUAUCAACAAACAAAGGCACAUGUUUCGAAAAGUUACAAUCUUUUUACGAAGAUUAUCAGCGUAGAGCUCUAGAUUUUUAUUAUUCAAACAAUCAAUCAACUGAUCCAAUCGGUUACAGUCGUUUUAUUUUAACAUCACUAAGCAUAAUACGAUUGAUGCAUUUGAAACUAUGCGAGGAUCCACAAUUCGAACGAUUGAAACUUCACGCCAUUCGAAUUCCUAAUCUUUCGAAUCUAUUCGAAUUUUUAGUCCUACCCAGUCGUGAUGAUAUGAUUCGAGUACGAGAAUUGUAUGAUUAUUUUUUAGAGUUUAAUGGAAAACCAUAUCCCGAUCUUUUAAGUAAGAUCAAUUCAUCAAAUGCUUUCGGUAUUCACUUUGCUGAAAACUCAAUGGAGAUCAACGAAAAUUUGCAAGAAAUUCAAGAACAAGUUGAACAAGACAAGAAAGAUAAAACCGAAGAAAUAAACAAUGCCAAAGAAAAAUAUGAAAAACUUAUGGAAAAAGUCAAUGAUCUGAAAUGUGAAUGUGAACCAACAAUACUUUAUCGAAAAUGUACUCGAUGUACUAUGAUGAAAGAAGCAGAAAAUAUUAAAGUUGAAAUCUAUGAAUGUCCAAUACCAUCUGAACGACAAAGUGCUUUGGCUGUUAUGUUCGAAUUACAAAUGCCGAAGGAGAUCCGGUGUUAUCGAGAUAUACUUUGGCAAUUUAUUAAUCGUCCUAAACCAAAUCCUUCGAAUAGUAUGCAUGAAUGGUUAAGCACUCGUCCUCAUCGAAAGAAAUUAGCACAAUACGUCAAGAGUUCACAUUGUUGUAAAGUAAAAUUAGUAUCUCAAACAAAAUCAAUAACGGAAAGUCAUUAUUCAGCUCCUCGACAUAUUAUGUCAACAUCUCUGGAAGAAUUCUUUUACGAAAAUAGUCUACAAGUUCAAAUAUCUUCGAAUAAAAUAAAUGAAUUCCAAGAUGAAUGUCAAACAUUAACACCUAAACUAACAGAUUCAAAUUACAAAGAUUUACAGUUCGCUAUUAAGAAUACAGACUUUGUACAGAAUCAAGUCAUUGCUGAACUAUCAAAAUGUUCGUUGAAACUAAAAUUAGCAGAGUUCAUUGAAUAUGGUUCAUUUCGUUCUGGUCAUCGUUUACAAUGGUGGAAUCUCCUAAGUAUUCUCGAAUUAGAUUCAUUAUCUAUGGAUGAAGAAAGUGUUGUGAUACUCAUAACACAUGCACUCUUACAAUAUGGUCCGGUUACCGAAAAUCGUCAAUCAUUGACUUGUUCGUGGUGUCCUGAAUCACAUCAACAAUUAUUGGAAGAUCAUUUUCUCGAUGAAUUAAUGACAAGAUUGGAUCAUCAUUUGAAAGAUUGCGAAUGUAAUUGGCAAAAUGAAUUGAUAUUAGUUAUUAUAACUAUUAUUGUAAUGCGAAUGUUCACGAUAUGUAAUUCAACAAGAAAACAACAAAUGACUAAUUUAGUUUUAAAAUGUCGUAAAACAGGUGAAAAAUGGAUUCAACUCAUCUCGGAAACUAUUCAAAGUUCAUCAACGUCAGAUUCUGAUAUGAUGAAUGGAUUACGUGAUAAAAUCAUUGUUAUUGGCAUUACAUAUCUGCUUACAUUUUCAAUAUAUACUGAUAGUAGUAAUAAAUUGGUACUAACAAAUAAAGAUGUUAUUUCUCUAUUAAUUAUAGCAACGACUAUGCAUGACAAUAGUAUUUUAAACAAGAAAACAGCUCAUAUGAGUAUAUUUAUGAGAAAUUUGAUGCGUUAUAGUGAACAUGUGUUAUUGUCAAUUCAUCCAAUCAUCAAUAAACUACUUGAAGAAAGUUCUUAUGAAAGUUUAAAUGAAUUUUGUGCCAUCCAUUGGGCAGUUGUACGAACGAAAAGUACAAUGAAUUGCAAGUGGGAAAAAAGAAACAAAGAUAUAUAUGACGGUUGGUAUGAUGGUGAAUAUGAAUCAAACAAACUAUCAAUUGAUUUCAUACGAGGGAGAUUUUUUGUCAAUAAGAUGACCAUUGGUUUUUUACCCGAUCGAAUUACUUCAGAUGAGUUAUUUCGUCGUGUAUUUGGUGAACAUAUUUUUGAAGUACAAGCGGCCGAAUCAGAAGAUAGUUACAUUACAAAACAUGGAUAUCAUGAUAAUGGAAACGUUUAUUAUGAAUUUACGUGUAAGAAUGACUACAUAUAUUAUGGAAAAUGUGAUUUGGUAGUUUAUGAACGACAUCUAAAAACAAACGAUAAGUUUGAAUUAAUUCCUUCAAGCUGUUUUGAAGGAGAAUUACCGGAUAUUUUUGUGUCAAAUUAUAGCCACUGGAGAGAUAUAAACAAAAAUCAAUUAGAGUUUCGACCUAUUCAUUUUCAAGAUUCAAAUUUCUUAAUCAACAAAGACUACAUAUUAACAGUGAGAAAAGGAUAUUUUACAACGUCCAACCCUGAAGAUAUGCAAAUAUUGAUCGAUCGUUCAUCAUCGUUUUUUCAGAGUUUGUUUACUCGAUAUUUCAAUCGUCUUGAUGAAGAAUCUUAUAUCUACAUGAUUAAACACGAUGGCUUUAUUCAUAUUCAUCUGUCUCGAUUAGGUAUUGCUUUUAAAUAUGACAUUCAUACCAAAAUUAUGACUUCUCGUGAGUAUUCAGAUAUGUAUGUUGAUGAAAAUCAAUCGUUUGGGACACUGACUGGUCUCAAAUCAGGUCUUCUUCUUUCACCAAUCGGAGAAACUAAUGAAAGAAAUACGUCUUCUUUAUGCCGAAAGUUAAUUGUUCCUUUUGGACUAGUUCAAGCGACAAAGGUAUCCAAAACUGGUCAUCAAAUUGUUACGAUCGAUCGAAAACCAUCAUCAACAUUAAUGCUGCAUCAAUAUUUUGUUUUUGUUUUGAAUGAUCGAUUGCGUGUUCUUCAACCAACUGACAGUCCAACGGGAUGGCUUUAUCUAGCCUUAUUACAUGCUAUGACCUCGCAUUCAUUACCCGAUCGAUAUACAGGAAUGACUGGUAUGGAACGUGCGUUUCAAUUGUUAUAUUCAGCUGGUUGUUGGUCUGAUCAACCUUAUGAUGCAAUUACUCGAAACAUUCUUCUUCAAAUUGCAAUAAUUUCACCUAAAGUAAAUUUCUAUCCAGAAAAUCUCACUUGUAUGGUAAAAAUCGACUGGAAUGAGAAUAGUUUACCGUAUUCUAUACAACAUUUCGGCUACUAUUUGAUAGUAAAAAAAUUAGUCGAAACCAGUGAAGAAUGGAAUUUUAUGCAUUCAUCACUCGUUUCAAAUGAUGAGUUACAAAAACUUUUUCAAAAUAAAAAAUAUAAUGAAAAACUAUUGGGUAAACUUUACUGGGACUAUCGGGAUUCAUACAAUCCUACAACACGACUAUCUGAUCAGAUGGAAAAAGAAAUUCGUUGCACAAAUUCAACACAAUCAUUUCAACCAAUUUGGGAAAAUUCAUCAUACUUAACAAACUACAGUUCACGCGGUCUUGUAGAUAAUUUAUAUGCUAGUGGAGAUCUAGAUCUAAAAGACAGUAAAGAACUCGCGUGUUUUCCUUUAUCUCGAUGGCUUAAAGAUGGUUAUCAGAUGAAAAAUAUUUGGCUUGGUUUAUUAAAACGUGCAAAGAAUGUAAGAUUGCUUGAGGGUGAUAAUCAAAAAAAUAAGAUGGAACAAUUUGAAAUGUUACUAGAUUUUCUUCAUUAUAUUGCCGGCAAAUGUGCGAGUCAACCGUAUUAUUUGCAAAUGCUGAAAUCCGUAUUAAGAGCACAAACGUCAUUAGUGAGAUCUCUUCCAUAUCCAGCAUUUACAGAUUAUGAAAAAAUUCAAGAAACUUCAGUUCAAUCUCAUCGAAUCAAUCUAGGAAAAAUGGGUUAUGCUAAGCGAGCAAUAGUUUUUCGAGAAAUUCAAGAUUGCUUCGAUAAAAACUCCAUUUAUGAAAAUGAAAAUCUACCGGAUAUGCAUCAACUAACUCGUCAAACGAAUAAAAUCAACAGAUUAUUACAAUCUUGGCGAUAUAAUGCCAAACUUCGUCUAUUUUUAGACGAUAUUCAAAAUCAUUUUCCUUCUAUUCCAAUUAUUCCAUUGAAUUCGAAAAUACAUGUUACUCCUCAACGAUUUGACUUCGAACCAUUUCAAGUACACUUUCAAGUUCACAUAACCAUGACAGAUACACUAAUUCAUCAAAUAUCGAUUGAAAAUGCACGAGCAAAAUUUUUGCAUCCUCAUUCGAAUUAUUUUAUUAAACCAGUCAUGCAUAUUCCGAUCUUAACUGAAAAGAAAGAAUUUCCACAGGAAAUUUUUCCUUCAACUGAUUCUCAAGUCAAUCCUCUCAGUAAUAUUACCAAUUAUUUUAAAAAGCAUUUAACUGAAAGUUGGGACAAAUUUAAUUUAACUGAAGAAUAUCAACAAGAGCCUCCAUCACUCGACGAAAUCAAACAAUUUCUUGAUUCUUUUCGUCGUGAAUCGAAACAAUUUUGGAAUGAAUUAGUACAAUCUAUUACAACAGCAAAUGAUUUAUUAGUCAAAAUGGGUCUAGUAGUACGAAUCUUACCAACAACUUUGAUUUCUAUUUUCCAACAAAUCUGGUUAAAUGAGAAUAAUUCAACUGUCUUACACUUACGUCUUACACAUGAUCAAUGCAUAUUACUUGGUGGUAUUAUGGUUAAUUGGAUUGUAGAACAACAGAUCGAAAGAGCAUUGAACUUUGCCAAUCUAGAAAAGUUGGAAGAUUUUGAAAAAGAAAUCCUAAAUGUACCUCACGCUAAUUGGACACCAUCACAACAUGUUCCAUGGUUAAUACUAGAGCUUGAAAUGAAUAUUACAAUUCGAGAAGUACAAGUCCAAGUAGCACGUCAUAUGAUGCAACCAUCGUUGAAUGAAAACAAUUCUUCUGUACGAAAUAUUGUUAUGCAAAUGAAUAUGGGUGAAGGCAAAACAUCAGUUAUUUUACCUAUGUUAGCAGUCAGUUUAUGUUCUUUAUCUUCAAAUUUAGUUCGUGUUAUCGUAUUGAAAGCCUUAUUUCCAACGAAUUAUCAAUCAUUACGAUAUAAACUAGGUGGUUUACUCAAUCGACGUGUAAUACCAUUUGCAUGUCGUCGUGACAUGAAUUUUACUUAUCAACAAGCAAAUAAAAUUUUUGAUCGUUUCAAACAAGGAAUACACAAUCUGGAUAUUGUAAUAACUUCACCCGAAGAUAUCUUGUCUUUCGAUUUACUUACAAUAGAUAAAUGUCGUCGAAACGAAUAUGAUGCUGGCAGUUCAAUGUUAUCCAUUCAAAGUUGGGUGAAAAAGUAUGUUCGUGACGUUUUAGAUGAAUCUGAUGAAAUUUUACAUGUUAAAUAUCAAUUGAUUUACUCGAUUGGUCGUCAACAGCAAGUCGAUGGAGGUAUGGAACGUUGGAAAACCAUUCAAUACGUACUGAAUUUAGUGAAACAACACGCUGCCAACAUUGCACAAAAAUAUACGAACGAUGUUUUCUACAAAUCACCCAAACGACAAAGUAGUUUUCCAGAAUUUCGUCUGCUAAAUCAUGAAUCAUAUCCUAAACUAUGUCGAAGAAUAGCAAGAGAUUGGAUUAAUCAAAAAAGUUAUCGACAAUCAGAUCAACAACAGAUCUUAUCAUUUAUAUUAGAUACAAAUUCAUCAGUCGAUGAUCUACCCAACCAAUUUUCACAAAAUACAACUCAAUUGUUUUUAAUCCUGCGUGGACUUCUAUCAUCUGAAGUCUUGUUUGUAGCUUUGAAAAAACGCUAUCGUGUCAAUUUUGGUAUAAAUCCAAAUACAAAAUUCAAUCGUUUAAUGGCGGUACCAUUUCGUGCAAAAGAUGUUGCAGCUGAAAAUACUGAAUUCGGACAUCCAGAUGUAGCGAUAGUAUUAACACAAAUCUCAUAUUAUUAUCAAGGUCUAACAGAUUCACAAAUAUAUCAAUGUUUCAAUCGUUUGAAUCAAGAUGAAAGCGAACCAGAAAUGAUCUAUGAUCAAUGGAUUUCAUUGGAAGAGGAAAAUGACAUCAUCGCAAGUAUAAAACAAUGGAAAAGAAUCAAUCUAAAAGAUUAUCAACAACGAACUCAAUUACUCUUUCCCAGUUUACGGUACAAUAUGUUAGUUAUAAAUUAUUUUCUGAAUCAUUUUGUUUUUCCUCUCGAAGCAAAACAAUUCCCUCAGAAAUUAGUGGCAUCUGCUUGGGAUCUAUCUUCAUCUUUACGAGAGAAAAUAAUCACUGGCUUUAGUGGUACAAACGAUACUCAGUUACUAUUACCUGUUCAUAUUCGUCAGUGUGAUUUACCAGAACUUCAAAAAACAGAUGCCAUUGUUCUUCACAAUUUACUUCAUUCGAAAAAUGAUCAUUAUCAAGAUUUACCUAGUGCUACGAACACUGACGAAAUAUUGAAACGAAUUGGCACAAGAGAACCAAUGAUUCAGGUUAUUCUCGAUGUUGGUGCUUUGCUCAUAGAUGGAACUAAUCGUCAAAUAGCUGUCAAAUGGCUAGACCUAUCUGAUAAAAUGAAAAUAGAUUAUGUUGUAUAUUUUGAAUCGGAUUCGAUAUUUGUUUGUAAUCGUCAAUAUCAACACCAUGCUUUUGCAACAUCGCCUGCUAGUGAACGUCUGGAUCGUUGUGUAUUCUAUUUGGAUGAAAUUCACACCAGAGGAACAGAUUUUAAGUUUCCAAAUGAAUUUCGAGCUGCCGUUACCUUAGGAAAUGGUCUUACCAAGGAUCGUUUAGUUCAAGCAUGUAUGAGAAUGAGAAAAUUAGGUCGGUAUCAUUGGUUAAGUUUUUGGAGUUCAAACGAAGUUCAUCAACAAAUUCGAACAAUGAGGAAUAAUACAACUUCACGAAAUGAAACGGGAAAUAGUAACGAAGAAAUUACUUUGACUGACAUUCUCCGUUGGGUUUAUGAAAAUACUCAGCAGGCGACUUGGGAUGGCUUACAUCUUUGGGCAACACAAAGUUUAAGUUUUCAACGAAAAUUAGCUGCUUUUCGAAGUAUCGAUUGGAAAAAAGAAGAAACAUCGUAUACAAACGCAAUAAUGGACACUAUAGCAAAAGAAUCAUUGGAAGCUGAAGUAUUAGAAUUGAAAUUAAUGUAUGGUGUAUCAAAAACAUUUAAGACAAUAUCAGACAUUUAUUCUGCUCGACAUGAACAUUUCAAUAUCUUUUCCUCAGUGGAAAUUCAUGAAGCUGUUUCUGAACGAUUACGUGAUUAUGGUGGAUCGAAAAAACUUCUGACACAAUUGCUCGAUGAAGAACAACAACGAGAAUUAGAACGAGAACAAGAAUUAGAAGAAGAACGACAACAAAAACGUCCCUCACCUGUCCAUCCUGCUGAACCUCAAUUGCGUGAUGAAAUUAAAGCUUUAUGUAACAUGCAUGAUCCUAUGCUAAAUUUAUCAAAAAUAACUUCUGUAUUUCAUCCCAUUUCUAAUGCUUUUCUUGGUACUACGUUCUAUCGCGAAUGUCAAUCACGUUGUUGGCCAGAAAAUCUUUGGGUUACUGAUGAAUUCACACGUGUCAUACAAACGCAGGGGGAAUCGUUGGAUCCUUUUUUACGUCCAUCACGAUGGAUUUUGAUCUACCGCAAUGAACAUGUUAUUUUUGUCAGUCCAUUUGAAGCUAAUUGGCUUAUGGGUCACUUAUAUAACCUUUAUCGUCAACAAUCAUCAAAAGAAUUAUUCACAACAACAUUACGUUUAAUAUUACCGCGAACUAGACGAGAUCAGUCAAUAAUAGUCGAUAAACCUAUUUUAACAAUGCCGCCAUCAAAUUUACCAAAUCUCGGGGCCCUUUCUUUCUCAAUUCCAAUUGAAUGGCUAGUGGUCUUGUUUAUUUUUAAUGGCACUCUGUACUUUAAAACCACAGAUGAACAAAAUGCUUUUUGUCAAUGCCUUGGUCUUUGUCCGAAACCACGUACCGAGACUGAAGAAGAUGCUUUUGAGAAAGGCUGGAUCGCCUUUGAUGGAUUUGUGGACAAAAUAGAACAUCGAGCUCUUUUGCAACUUCAUCAAUGUUAUUUUCGUACUAAUCCUUUAGCAUUCAUGAGAAUAUUGGUCGAAAAUAGAAACAAUACACAUGCACCUCUUAUAUCUCAUGUUGGCAGUAUUCUUACAAACACUGUAAAACUUCCCGUCUAA